AUGUAUUUGCAAUAUGACGAAGGUAUACCUUGCAGAAAUUAUCUUGAAACCCCGAAAGUUCAAAAGAACAGUUGUACCCCGCAAAGAUUUUCAUCUCGCAAAGCAUCGCCCACCUUAGGUCCAUUAGGUCGAAGAAAUACGAUAAACGAAAGUUCUGGACUAAGGAGAUCCCUACCCAAAAGACCAUUGUCAGAACAUCUUGUUCAGCCUAACUUAUCAAACGAUCAACUAAGCCCAAAUUAUGACCGUGAAUUCAAGAAGGAAAUCCCGACUUCUAUCAGUGACAAGGACAAUAGAAUGCAAAAAGAAAAUUCAAAGCAGCGCAAUAAAUUCCAUAAAAAAGCCUCAGUUUUUUACCUCGCACACCCCGCCCCAACUUUGACCCAAACGCAAAAGUUUCUACAGAUUCGCCCGAAACUAUUGCUCCAAUUACAAUUACUGACAGCGCAGACUCGACCCAAACCUUCUCUUGACGUUAUCCCCUCUACAGUAUUAGUUCCUCGGCUAGCAAAGAAAUUCCCUCGUCUUUUUCGGGGUAGAAGAGAGCUAGGAAGUAAUGAUGUGAUAAUUGUCAAAAGUGAGGACUAUGAUACAGCCGUAGAAAGCAGUGAGAAGAUCUGGGAAUCAGGCAACAGUGACAUCGCUAAAAGAGAUCUUUUGGCUGUAAUAUGUCAAAUGCCAAGAGAUAGGGGAGCUUCUCAGGGCGUCGCAGAGAUAGUUUUAAGUGAUGGGAGUGUCUGUACCGCUACUCCAUUACCCGGUGGUAUCUAUGAAAUUCAAACAACAGACAAAGACGGGCACCAGAUAAUUGCUCACUGGUGGAUCAAAAAAUAUCCCAAGCGAACAAGCAUCGAGUCUUUAGACUAUGCUAAUAUAAAUGCCGAUCUACACUAUGCAUUUAGCAUAAUUGAAUCCAACACACGAAAAAAUCCGAUAAUGGCAACUAUCAGCCACAAAAGUUUGGAAAUUCUGGAUUCUUACAGCGCAAAGUCAUCUCUGCAAGGGAACUAUCAUCGAAAGCCAUCAGUCCAAGUCAGCACAAAAUGUUAUGAAAACCCUGAAAGUUUAUCGGCUACAGUGUGUUCAACUUAUCAAAUCGAUGAGAAAAUGGAGGCUUUAAUUCAAGUUACCGGAAUCUGGGUAUCAUUGCGUCAAGGUUGGUGCCCAAAUUUUAAAUAUAAUGACGCAAUAGCCAUCGCAUGUUCAUCAACAUGCUCGCAACCUGGCGGAAGAUCAAGAUCUUCGUCUAUGACGCCGCAUACGAAUCUUAAUUGUUCCGAUAUUGACAUUUUAGACCUACCUGACUCUACCAUCAGUCCGCGAGUGACUAGUUUUGGUAACAUCAUGCGUCAGGCUUCUCUUAGAUGUAGGAAAGCCAACCAAAAUUCAUCCACUAUCGAAACAAAAAUAAUAUCGCAAAAAAAGGCUUCAUCGGGCACCGCGUUUGUACAGCGCGUGGCUGCAAGCCGUAUGAGUCACACACCAAGCACAAUUUCAAAUGAAUUUGAAAAAGAUCCAUUUAAUGUAAACUCGUUUAUUUUUCCUGAAAAUUUUAACGGCGACGAGGUAAAAGAAGUAUCGAAAUUAAGUCAAUUACCGACUACCUAUUCUCCUAAGGCAGACCCCGACACAAAUUCUCGUACAAGAGGAUUAAAACAGACACUAUUAUUCCAUAACCGUUGUAAUUUACUGCACGAGGACUUUAGUUAUGAUGCCAGAUCAAAAAAAAGUAAAAAUACAGAGACUAUACAUCGAACAAGACGUUUUAAGGCGAUGAUCGCUGGUAUAUUUCACCGAGCUUAUACCAUCAAUCAACGCUCUGCACACGGGUAA